AAGCGAGCUGCAGUCUCGUUGGAUGUUGCCAGUGCGAAAUGAAGGACAGUCAAUCCAAAUUUGCCACCCUCAUUGAUGUCAACUUUGUCGCUUGCCAGAAGUGCUUCCAUGGGAAUAUCCACCUUUUCGGCUUUUCCCUUCCCAUUCCCUGAAAUGACGUGGGGGUGUUGGCCUGGGCAUCCAAGCUGGAUUAAUGGAUUUCAUUGAACACUGCAUCCUGGCACAAUGACAGCUCCUCACCUUUCGUGCCAACUGUCAAUGGCGGACAAAACUACAUUUAGGUAAAUCGAGUGGAGUAGCCUAUAUUAUUCUGGAGGCGAUCUGUUCGCUUGAUUGCAAAGGAGGUUUAUUCAAUCCACUUAAUUUCAUUCGUUGAUACGGGGGGGGGGGACUCACAUUAAAGUGGCGCCUUGAAGGUGAUCAAUAAACAAUUAAUCGAGUAAAAAAAGGAAACGCCCUAGGGAUCUUCCAGCUUUUCCCGGAGAAUUUGUCAAUUUGACAUGGCGAACGGAACACCACCUUCUUUUGUUUCACUGUCAAGAACGACUUGCGUCUUCUGCUGCAACUGCAAGUUCAAGAAACUGUUUAAUAUGUAAGAAUGGAAAACCCAUGAACUGAAGAAUUAUGCCCAAAAUUUUCCCUCUACCUCUGUUAUAUUGACCCAUGGAGCUAUUAUGACUCAUCACAAACUAGAGACACCAUAUAUCCUUGCGAAAUGUGGCAGAGAAGAAAUUAAAGGAAUCCAACACCAGGUGUGAUGUGUAAGUUGAGAGGCUUAUUAAGCAAUUUUUACAUUUUUUUAAUUCAGUGAAUGGAAUUCCUCAACUUAUCUAAGCAACAUGGGUCUGACACUGUAAUUGUAGAAGGGAAAAACUUGUUGAAUAACAGUUUAAGUUUGGAGGAUAUUGAGUUUGGUAAUGGUUGCUCGGCUGUGAUGUGGUUGGUGCUCUCAGAAUCUUGUCUUUUUGUUUCAGUCUGGAUGGAACUCAACAAGAUUUUAUUUUAAAGGUCCACUGAGUUUCUUUGGAUUCAGGAGAUAAAUAUUGACUAUUCUGGAAUCUGUAUGUGUCAGUGUGUCACCUAUCAACAUGAAAAUGAAAGAGGCAGAACCCUUGUUGACAUCCAAGAUUUCCCACCGGCUUGUUCCUUGUAUGAUUAGAUUAAUGAAACACAUAACCAAUGAAUAAUUUGAGAUAGAAUCUGGGACUAGCUAUCUGUUUCGUGGUAGUGUUUGUGUGCGACUCGGUGCGACUGACUGACUGACAGUCAGGACUGUUUGAAGGACAAAAUAUGGUUUUGCCAGACUGUAUAUCACGUCGCCAUGACUGAUUGGUACACAGAUCGUGCUGGGAAUUCAAGCGCCACUCUUGGAGAACAACUUCAAAGCAGACGAUCGUUCGAGGUGAUCAACAAAAGACUUGGAGGCCGAGCCUGAACUUAAGGGGUACUGUAUUGCUCAGUCAAGUGUCAUAGAACCUACCCUUUCACUAGUGGGAGAGCUGGAGAGCACCGUGGCCUCGAGGUGCACAACGGCCCAGUUUACCACCCAGUGCCCGUACCUCACGCCAACGGAAUUGCCUCCAUUUUCGAACUGGACCCGACGACUUUGACCCGGGCCGACUCGCUGUACAGCAACAUCGUUGGUCUGUCUCACGCACUUGUGCUUCGUUUUGUAGAUUUCUGCUCCACAUGCACGUUGACCGCGACCCGCAAGAGCCAGUCACGCCUGUCAAAUACGCCCGCCUGUGGUCCGAGAUCCCCAAAGCAAACAACUUUCUAUCGCAGAUUACGACAACAAACUGCCGGAGCACGAGAACAAAGAGGCCGUUUACCAGAAAUUCAGAUUGACCAUGAUUUUCGUCGAAGCAAGAUUAUCUCUGCAAUGUGGUCCACAAAGCCUGGAGUCUCCAGUGCAAGGAUCAAAACAAACUCACGUUCCAAGUGGUGAAACUGGCGAGGGAACUCAUUUAUUUUGGAUUCUACAGUUUCAGCGACUUGUUGUCACUUACUCGCACUUUGCUCAACAUCCUGGACAGCGCGUCCAGCCCGGCCGAUGCCGAAUAUUUUCACAGAAAUAAUCAAGGACAGCAGCAACAAACGUCAAAUAGCAAUAAUCAAGAACUGGAAGCCCCUGAUGGAGGAGGUGUGUUGCGGUCGUUGAGUGACAUGGGCGCCGUCAUGACUAGUUUAGCCCUGGGAACGGCCGGAUUCGCCAAGUCUCCCAUGCCGCUCUCUUUGCGCAAGAAACAGGCCGAAUUCGGAAGUCCAGGUAUCAAUGGUGGAGGAGAGGACGAAAAGAUGGUUGCCAUAAAAAAGGAACCUUUAGACAUACUGGACGAAGAAGGGCAAGGCCAGCCGGACUCUUUACUUAUGUCACUGGACAAUAACAACAGCAUCAUCCAGGAUCACCCAUUGCCUCCCAACAAGAAACCUGUAGUCAGGGGCCGAUGCUCAGCUCCUCCGUCAACCAAGGAUCGGCCAUCGACCUGGACAUUGGUCCUCCGCUGGAUGAAUCGCAAGCCAUCAACUACAAGCAAAUUCAGCAAAUUCUUGCCAGGAUGAAUCGCUUUUGCGUUCAGCCCGUUCUCUCCACGACGUCAUCUGUGGGCAGCGGAGGGGGGAGUGGUAGUGGCGGCAGCGUGAGUGGAUCAGGAGGCGGAUCGUUGGGUGGAGAUUUAAGGCCUCGCAAACACGAGCAACGGCUCCUGAGAAACAUGGGCGUUCACACGGUGGUGUUGGACCUGCUCCAAAUUACGUACGACCGGAAGACGGAGGAACGACGAAGGAAGACGUGAGGAUGAAUGAGCUGAUGCGCUUGGCUCACGAAUUCCUGCAAAACUUUUGCCGCGGGAAUCAACCCAAUCAGGCUCUUCUUCAUAAACACCUGGAACUUUUUCUCACUCCUGGGUUACUGGAAGCUCAAACGGUUUGUGCCAUCUUCCAAGACAAUGCCCAACUGUGCAGCGUACUGAGCGACAAAGUGGUCCAGCAUUUCGUUCACUGCAUCGAGACUCACGGCCGUUACGUGGAAUAUCUCCACUUUUUGCAAACGAUCGUGUGCCAAUUCAUCCGCAAGUGUCAAGACAUGGUCAUGCAAGAACUGGUUAACGUCGGGGAGGACGGAGCAAGGCCAGCAAAAUAUUUCGAUCGUCGCGUCUGCAGUCGGCACAUCUCAGUCGGGAAUCUUCGCAGUCGCAGUUGAGCGUCCGCUUUGAUCGGACAGUUAUUGAGGGCCUGCAAGACAUUGUCGUCUUGUUAGAGGCUCAACUGCAUCCUUUGGUUCAAGCCGAGUCCUCCGUUAUCGUCGAUGUCCUUUACCGACCGCAAUACCUUUUCCAGCCUGGCACGGAAGCACGGAAAAAGUGUGACAAUGGCGGAUCCAUUCGCAGGAUGAUUAAACACACCGAACGAUUGCUGGAGGACAAGGAGGAAAAACUUUGUAUCCAAGUUCUCAACACCUUACGUCAGAUGAUGAAUUUCGAUGUUCACAAUGGCGAAAAGGGAGACGCAUUGGGGGAAUAUUUUAGUUCGCUACUUUGCCAAACCAGCCUCUCAUAGUUCUAAGAAGACCGAGCUCAAUGGCGGAAGCGCAAUCUCUACCGCUGGAAUUCAUUCAACAUUAUCUGGUGGUACUGGUGGUGUUGGAGGCGGUGUGGGACAAUCGUCAUCGCUGACAACCCACGGACCUGGAGGGCGUCUCCUGUCGUGAGGUGAAAUGUGUUUGCACGAGGUGCAAGUGUACCUGGACCGAGAAGGCACCUCUGAUUUGGUGGCCGAAUUGGUCAUGAAGUCGUCGUUAUCGCCCAACGUUUUCAUGGAAGCGGUCCAGUUGGGCAUCGCCCUGCUGGAAUGCGGCAACCCCGUCAUCCAGCGGAGUCUCUACACGAAAUUGCAGUCGGCCGAGACGAGCGCCAUCUUCUUCAAGGUGUUCCACGACAAAGUCAGAGAGUCGCAAGCGGAAAUCCGGUCCACCAUGUCGGUCAACACGACCGAAAUGGCCUCGACGGGUAACAACAAGCUCCAGGACCAUUUCCCAUGAAAUGAAGGAUCAUUUCCCGUACAAUCGUGAAACCGGAGGGACAGCCGGGAGCAGCAACAGCGGCCCGAUCCUUGAAAGCGAUCUCCAGUUCAACAGCAGCGGACGAAUGGCCCUGGGAUCACGAGCUUAUUCACCCGUUCAGUGCCGCCGAUUCGCCAAUUAUUUGUUUGGCCGUUUGCGUCGAAUUGGACUCCAACAUCACCGCGAUGAACCGAGACUCAGACGCAAUUUUGUUGCCGGAAGAGACACCAGAUAUCCUAUCCGGCAAUUGAGUCUUUAUCAGAGUGGUCCUAGUUCGCCCCCAGUUAAUCCGGUUGAACAAAUUGACCCGCAGCCGGGAACUUCUCGUGAUUAUUCCAUGGAAAUUGAUUUGGCAUUCAAUGAAGUGAUGCCGAGUUUGGAUCGUGGAUCGAGUCAAUCGGUCGGCUGGAGAAGAUCUCGGUUCUCUCGGAUGACUCGCCGCAACAAUUCACACAUCUCGCCCAGGAGCAACUCGCUACUUCACGCCCGCCAUUUGGGAAUCCAGCGAAGAAAACCCUCACUGCUCAACCGCAUUUUCCACGGGCGUACCCUUCAAAACCAAAUGAGAUCCCUGUCGACUCACCAUUCGACAUCGGAAGCCACUGCUCCAGUCAAUCUGGAAACUGGACAACGUUCCGGCGAUCAGUCACUUCGUCCUUUGAUGGAGCGUCUAGAGUCGCAUUUCCGACUUCAGCGUCAGACAAUGGGCAUAUUGGCCCAGCUGAACGAAGCCGCUGUAGCCAACGGCAUUGGCACAACUACCGAUGGUUCCACGGCCGCCAGAGAAAGUUUGGUCGACGGCGGUGGUGCGUCCGCGGCCAGUUUUAGUGAUAGCAGCGUAUCAUCCCGUGGCGGGCCGUGGGCCUCUAAUGUCCUGCACAGCAUCCGCCAUUGGCGAGCCAGAAGAGAUGCCUUUGAAAGAGCUCGUUCUUUCGAGUCAAGAUUAUCCUCGGGCGGAUGGAUAGUAGCCUAAACAUUGGAUUUCCGCGACGUUAUCGCCCAUUUCGCCUUGUAGAAGAUGAAGACAAUUCCGAUACAGACACUGAUGUGACGGCCGAGUCCGCCGCAACGGCAGCGAAUCUUGGCGACAGUCGAGUCCCAUUCGUUCACCCCGAGGCGUUGAGCAGCGAAUGAGGCUUUUGUGGAGAGAGUAUUUGUCUCAGGUAGUUAAUGUGCAGCUAAACAAUAUGGGUGACGACGGUGGAAGCAGCAACGCUCCCAGCUCUCAACAGCCAGGAGCGCCGGAUAGCGGAGGCGACGACCAAGAACGAACUCGUUAUCGUCUCUGGCUCUCGACCAUGGUGGAAAGUCUCACCAGUUUCUUUUCCCAACAAGGAAUCAAUUCAUCUGAUUCGGUCGAUGGGACUCCAGCACCUACUCCGCAACCACCAACA